AUGGAUUACGAAAUCAUUGAUUAAAUAGGAAAAGGUAGUUACGGAGUAAUUUAUAAAGUGAAAAUAUCAUCUCAAAUAUAAGUGCUAAAGGAAAUCUCUUUAAAGAAUCUUUCACUAAAAUAAUAGAAUGAAGCUUAUAGAGAAGCUCAAAUAAUGCAUACAUUAAAUCAUCCAUAUAUAGUGUCUUACUAUAAUUCUUAAUUAAGAAAAGAUAAGUUGAAUAUCUUUAUGGAAUAUUGUGAGAAUGAUCUCUAUAAUUAUAUAUGUAGAAAUCCAUCUCCAUCUGAGAACUAGAUAUGGUAGUGGACCAUAUAAUUGUUAGAAGGUUUAGAGUACUUACAUUCAUAAAAAAUAAUGCAUAGAGAUAUCAAACCUAAUAAUAUUUUAAUGAAAGGUAACGUAUUAAAGAUUAGUGAUUUGGGAGUGUCUAAAAGUUUGAUAUCUACACAAUAACUUUAAACAACAAAAGUUGGAACUCCUCUAUAUUUGGCACCUGAACUAAUUCGAAAUCGACCCUAUGAUAGUAAGAUUGACAUAUGGGCAUUGGGUUGUGUUCUUUAUUUCAUUUGCCAAGGAGAUCCUCCUUUUAAAGGAAGCAAUCUAAUUUCUUUAGGAUAUAAUAUAGUAAAUAAAUCUCCAAAGCCAAUUAAUUGUAAAUACUCAAAAAGAUUGUAGACUCUAAUUUUUAAAUUGUUGAAUAAAGUACCAGAAUUCAGACCAACAGCAACUUAAGCAUUACAAUAAAUACAUGAAGAUAAUGAAGUGAAAAUGAAGCCUUAAUUCUAAAAGAUCUUUUCGGUUCAUUCACAACAUGAAAUAACAAGAGGGGAUGAUUUGAGGGAUUAAAAUAAAACAGUUUAAAUGAUAUAGAGUAGAAGAUUGGAAAGGAUUAUUCAAUAAUAGAAGGAUGCUUAAUUAAGAUUAUGUGAAGCUGAUAAAUUUAGCAAAAUUGUACUUUUAAAUAGAAUUAUAAAACAUUAAUCAGAACAUUAUGAACAAUGA